AUUUUGGGAUCCGGAAGCGUAUCCCCGAGUACACAGCGUCCUGUAAAUGCGAGCCAAAAACGAGAGCCCAAACCACCUCUCAAUCUCCACUCAAAACUCGUUUUCCCAACAACUCAGUGCCUGAGUCAACUCGGAAAUUAGCUUCUCUGUCCUUCCUAUGUUAUUGUAUUUGAGUUGCAUGUGCUGGAUUUUCCAUGGAAACAGAGGUUGGAGUUGAGGGGAAUGAUGAAGCUAAGCAUAAGGAGUGUGGGAUUCGGAAAAGUUCCUCUUCCUUGUCUUCUCCCAAACAGAUUUCCGACCCAGUUGUAUACAAGCUUGUUCGGGUGGAAGGAGAUGGGAGAUUAGUGCCUGCAACAGAUGAUGAAUUAAUGGAGGUUGAGAGUCUGCUUAUAGAUGACAGAUGUGGAAUGCAUGUUGUUGCAGACCCUGGGCAGACUGUAGGGUGCAUUUCCAAUGAAGGAUCUUCCUCUGGGAUGGCCCAGUUAAAAAGACUGGAAGGUUGGUCACAACCCGAGAACAAAAAAGUUGAUCCAGAUAAAUUGAAUGGAAGGCUUGAGUACAUUGAGGAGAUGUUGCAAAAGGUGAAAGAGGAAGAGAGGCUCUACAUAGCAUGUGGAUCUCCUGAUUGUUCUUCUGCUUAUGUGAUUGUAGACAGCCAGUGUUCUGAUCCGCAUGAUAAAUUGCUCCAUAUUGAUGAGAAACUCCAAUGUGAAAUUCCCUUGCAGGAACCUGUUCCUUUACUGGCACCAAGUUUGAGUGAAAGCCAUUUGAAUCAAUCUGGGAGUGUUGGGGAGUGCUCUCAUCCUCCAGAUGAACUGGUAGCUGGUGGGUCACCUUCGUCUAUUACUACAAAACCUGAUUUUUCCAGAUUGAAGGGGGAAAUAUGCCUAGACAAUCUGUCAAUAAAAGAACUUCAUGAAACUUUUAAAGCAACAUUUGGGCGAGAAACUACUGUCAAAGAUAAGCAAUGGCUUAAGAGGAGGAUUUCCAUGGGGUUGACAAAUUCUUGUGAUGUUUCAACAACUUCUUUUAUAAUUAAAGAUAACAAAUUUGUUAAGAAAGGGAAUGAAGAAGGUUGUAAUGGUAUGUAUGGUUCCUUUGCUAAGGAUCCACCAAUUGUCAACCAGAAAGGCUUACCAACUUGCCAUGUUGGCCAACUGGAUUAUCAUAAAGUUGUUCCUGAAAGAAGAUUGGAAAAUCACAACUUAGAUGACAAUUCUGGAAGUGAUGAUCAUCAUAAAGAACAGAGAGCUGCUAAAAGAGUACGGAAGCCCACAAAGCGAUAUAUUGAAGAACUUUCAGAAGUGGAGUCCAAAGAGUCCAAUGAAAGGUUAUUGAAUUUGGCUAAAAAUUCUGGACAUGAUGGACUGAUAUCCCCAAAAUCUCAUGUUAGGCUUGUUAGACAUGUUUCUUUAGGAGGAAGAACUGUUAUCACACGGCUGGAUUCCCUUGGAGGAUCUGGGAUUCAGGUUCCAUGUGUUUCUCGGGUCCGAAGAAGCCGUCCAAGGAAAAAUUUCAUGGCUCUUCUGAAAUUCAAUCCAAGUAGCAUGGGCAUGGCAGCUGCAUUGGUAGAGAAAGCCCUAGAUGAUCAUGGUUUUCCACCAGAUGAUGGGAAUGAGAACAGAGUCUUGAAAGCCAGCUCUACCCCUGAACAUGUUCAUCACCAGUUUGUAGGAGUGCCAGAGAAAGACAAGCAGUUCUCAGUGAUGAGUGCGGUUGGCUUGGGAAAUAACACGGAUCUGAAAUGCAUGAAUUCAUAUGAGGAUUCAGAUGACAAUGUAGUUACUGUUCCUACAUCCAAAGGUGGAAUUAGAAGGAAACAUCAUCGAGCUUGGACUCUCUCUGAGGUGAUGAAGCUAGUUGAGGGGGUCUCCAGGUAUGGAGCUGGAAGGUGGUCCGAGAUCAAACGACUUGCCUUUGCAUCUUAUUCAUACCGCACCUCUGUUGAUCUCAAGGACAAGUGGAGGAAUCUGCUGAAAGCGAGCUUUGCACAGACACCUCCAGAUACUGGGAUGAAUUCCCGGAAAAAUUCUGGUGCAAUGCCCAUUCCCAUACCAAUUUUGUUAAAAGUGAGAGAGCUCGCAGAGAUGCAAGCACAGGUUCCGCCAAAUCUUAGCUUGACCAAGGUGGCCGGGAGUGCUAGGAAAAUUGUACAUGAAAAACAAACAGGGUUCUUGUAGGCACUAUAUCUGCUAGAUUUCAGCUGUAUAAAUUCAGAUAACCCAUGCCAGUUGGGACACCACUGGACUUCUUCUACUGUGUCUUUUAUUGGUGGGGUUUGAGUAGCUACUAACUUCUACAGUCAGGAUUUAGAAAUACCUUCGAUUAUAGACCCCAAAAAACAGAGUGAAUUAGUUAAAAAAAAGAAAAAUAGUUAAUCGUGUCAUCUUUGAUCUCUGUAACUAGGGAGAAAUGUUAUCUUGUGAGCAGAAAUAAACACUGGGAAGUUUUUUUCA